CCACGCCUGUGCGCCGCCAGCUGUCAGAGCCGUGCGGGGGGCGUGGGGGCUGGGAAUUGACUCUGUUCAUCGACCCGCAGUCUCAAUCCCCACGCCCUGAGAAAACCCUGACUUUGCCGAGGCCCAGGUGCAGCGGGGCUCUGCAAAGAAGACACCUUUCUCCGCCCCCAUCCCAAUCCAAGCGCCUCUGGCUCUGACGACGCCUAGAGACUCCAGAGUGGGCGCUAAAGUUCCCAGACCUGGCAACAGGUGUCCAGGGAGGGCCUCCGACUUCCUGGAGACACUUAGGUUGCGGUCUUAAAUCCCACAAAGGCCCCAAUCCGUCCUCGGAGCCGGCGGUCUGGCGCUGCUGGAAACCGCGCCGCCUUGCAGCAUGGCCACCAGCCUCAGCCCGGACGAUCAUCUGCCACCUAUCCCUCUGUCGGCCCAGCAGACCAUGCUCCUGUUGCUGCUCUCGGUACUGGCCGCGGUGCACGUGGGCCAGUGGCUGUUGAGGCAGCGGCGGCGGCAGCCGGGGUCCGCGCCCCCGGGUCCCUUCGCUUGGCCGCUGAUCGGAAAUGCGGCGUCAAUGGGCCAGGCGCCUCACGUCUCGUUCGCACGCCUGGCGCGGCGCUACGGCGACGUCUUCCAGAUCCGCCUGGGCAGCUGCCCGGUGGUGGUGCUGAACGGCGAGCGCGCCAUCCGCCAGGCCCUGGUGCAGCAGGGCGCCGCGUUCGCCGACCGGCCGCCCUUCGCCUCUUUCCGCGUGGUGUCUGGUGGCCGCAGCCUGGCUUUCGGCCAGUAUUCGGAGUGCUGGAAGGCGCAGCGGCGCGCGGCGCACAGCACGAUGCGAGCCUUCUCCACGCGCCAGCCGCGCGGCCGCCGGGUGCUCGAGGGCCACGUGCUGGGCGAGGCGCGGGAGUUGGUGGAGCUGCUGGUGCGCGGCAGCGCGGGCGGCGCCUUUCUCGACCCGCGGCCGCUGACCGUGGUGGCCGUGGCCAACGUCAUGAGCGCCGUGUGCUUCGGCUGCCGCUACAGCCACGACGACGCCGAGUUCCGAGAGCUGCUCAGCCACAACGAGGAGUUCGGGCGCACGGUGGGCGCGGGCAGCCUGGUGGACGUGCUGCCCUGGCUGCAGCGCUUCCCCAACCCUGUGCGCACUGCCUUCCGUGAAUUCGAGACGCUCAAUCGCAACUUCAGCAGCUUCGUCCUAGACAAGUUCCUGAGGCACCGUGAAAGCCUUCGGCCCGGGGCCGCUCCCCGCGACAUGAUGGACGCCUUCAUGCUCUCGGCAGGAAAAGAAGCUGCCGCGGGCUCUGGCGACGGCGGCGCGCGGCUUGAGGAAGAGUACGUGCCGGCCACCGUCACAGACAUCUUCGGCGCCAGCCAGGAUACUCUCUCCACCGCGCUGCAGUGGCUGCUCGUCUUGUUCACCAGGUAUCCGGAAGUGCAGGCUCGGGUACAGGCAGAACUGGAUCAAGUGGUGGGUAGGGACCGGCUGCCCUGCCUGGACGACCAACCGCACCUGCCCUACGUCAUGGCCUUUCUUUAUGAAGCCAUGCGCUUCUCCAGCUUUGUGCCCGUCACCAUUCCUCAUGCCACCAGGGCCAACGCUUCUGUCUUGGGCUACCACAUCCCCAAGGACACGGUGGUUUUUGUUAACCAGUGGUCCGUGAAUCAUGACCCAGUGAAAUGGUCUAACCCAGAAGACUUUGAUCCAGCCCGAUUCUUGGACAAGGAUGGCUUCAUCAAUAAGGACCUGGCCAGCAGUGUGAUGAUUUUUUCAGUGGGCAAACGGCGGUGCAUCGGGGAAGAGCUUUCCAAGAUGCAGCUGUUUCUCUUCAUCUCCAUCCUAGCUCAUGAGUGCAAUUUCAGGGCCAAUCCAGACGAGCCUUCGAAAAUGGAUUUUAAUUACGGCCUGACCAUUAAACCCAAGUCAUUUAAAAUCAAUGUCACUCUCAGAGAGUCCAUGGAGCUCCUUGAUAGUGCUGUCCAAAAGUUACAAGCUGAGGAAGACUGCCAGUGAGAAGCCAGAGGCAAGCAGAAAUUUUAUAAGUACCCAAGUCUUGGGGGAUGGAGAGUAAAAUUAAGGUGUUUUUUUUUUUUUUUCCCUAGCUCCUCUGUGCUACUUUCUCAAUUAGCCUCUAAAGUGAGCAUAAACCAACUGACCCGCAGAUGAUGUGCUUUGUACACAUGUCCUCAGAAUGGCACCUCAUGAGCAGUGGGCUGUGUAGGAGCUCCAGGAGAUAUUUUGAGUCAAAGAAUUAAAGGACCCAAA